GGGUGGGACAAUCCUUCCAGACUGGCCUGUAGUGGUCAGAGACAGUCAGCAAUCCAGAAGAUACCGCACCAUGAGUGUCUCUGUGCUGAGCCCUACCAGCCCCCUGGGCGGUAUCUCUGGGCUCCUGCAAGUGGCUGCCCUGCUCGGCCUGGCUCUGCUGCUGCUCAAGGCAGCCCAGCUCUACCUGCACAGGCAGUGGCUGCUCAAGGCCCUCCAGCAGUUCCCGUCCCCUCCUCCCCACUGGCUGUUCGGGCACAACCAGGAGUUCCAAAAGGACCAGGAGCUACAACAGCUUAAGAAAAGGGUAGAGGAAUUCCCGUGUGCCUGUCCUCAGUGGCUAUGGGGGAGCCAGGCCAGGCUCGUGGUUUAUGACCCUGACUACAUGAAAGUGAUCCUGGGAAGAUCAGAUCCAAAGUCUCUUGGUUCAUACAGAUUGCUGGCUCCCUGGAUUGGGUACGGUUUGCUCCUGUUGGACGGGCAGAGGUGGUUCCAGCACCGGCGGAUGCUGACGCCAGCCUUCCACUAUGACAUCCUGAAGCCCUACGUGGGUCUCAUGGCCAACUCUGUCCGAGUGAUGCUGGAUAAAUGGGAAGAGCUCAUCAGCCAGGACUCACAUCUGGACAUCUAUGGACACAUCUCCUUGAUGACCCUGGACACCAUCAUGAAGUGUGCCUUCAGCCAGCAGGACAGCAAGCAGACAGACAGGAACUUACAAUCCUACAUCCAGGCCAUUGGGGAUGUAAAAAAUCUUUUUUAUUUCCGAGUACGGAAUUUCUUCUACCAGAACGACAUCAUCUACAAUCUGACUCCCGAUGGCCGCAAGAACCACCGAGCCUGCCAGCUCGCCCAUCAAUACACAGACCGAGUGAUCAAGCAGAGAAAGGUGCUUCUGCGGGAAGACAGAGAGCUGGAGAAGGUCAAAGGGAGGAGGCACUUGGAUUUCCUGGACAUCCUCCUCUUUGCCAGAAUGGAGAAUGGGAGCAGCUUGUCUGACAAGGACCUCCGUGCAGAAGUGGACACAUUCAUGUUUGAGGGCCAUGACACCACAGCCUCCGGCAUCUCCUGGAUCCUCUAUGCUCUGGCUACGCACCCUGAGCAUCAGCAGAGGUGCCGAGAGGAGAUCCAGAGACUCCUGGGGGAUGGCACCAUCACCUGGAACCACCUGGAUCAGAUGCCCUACACCACCAUGUGCAUCAAGGAGGCGCUGCGACUCUACCCGCCAGUCCCAGUAGUUGGCAGAGAGCUCAGCAAGCCCAUCACCUUCCCUGAUGGUCGCUCCUUACCCAAAGGAAUCAUGGUCUCCCUUUCUUUUUAUGGCCUUCACCAUAACCCGAAGGUGUGGCCCAACCCAGAGGUGUUUGACCCUUCCCGGUUUGCAUUGGGUACAACUUCACACAGCCAUGCUUUCCUGCCCUUCUCAGGAGGAUCAAGGGCAUGACACGUGCACUUUUACCCACUGACUUUCUCAGUGGCCAGCCAAAUUCAGUGUCAGUGGCUGUUCCAAAGUUAAUUUAUUCUGCUGCUUUCCUCACUUUAGAAGUACGACAUGGCAGAAUUAGAAUUUCUCAUGUGAAUUAAACUUCAGAUGUUUCCUUUCCUCAAUCACCAGUUGUCUUAAAAGGGGUUGUUUUCCUCUUUCCACAUGCUCAGUCCAGUCAGUGACUUUUGUACUUAAUUCAUCGAUCUGCCACUCACUGUGAUGUUUGCGUGUUGGGAUUUCCAGCUGCCUUUCUUGUCCUAAGUGUUCCAGCCAUACACAGGGACAGUACAGUAGCCAUUUAAAGACAGUUAACACCAAUAUGUGUCUAUUUUUGCAGUCUAUACCUACAAAUGUUUGCCUGCACAUGGAUAGUUAGAUGACCAUGACAAACUUUCCAGGUGGCAAAAUUCUUUAUAUGAGUGGAAUUUACACACUAUAGUCCGACAGUCUAUAUAGUCCAAUGUUGGCAAAAGUAUGAAAUAAAAACAAUCAACAGCUUUUCAAGAAAAUCCACUACUGUGUAUAUGACAUAUAGCAUUUGGAAGGUUCCUGGUGUGUAGAAUAUAAAACAUACUUGAAACAGCCAUUGAGCUCGACCAGAGCACUCCAGAAUCGUUUUGAAAAUCUGCAAAGACUACAGAAAUCCUCCUGUGAAAUAGAAACCUCCACACACUUUGUACUUGGUUUCUAGAAACAUGCUUUUUCUGAACCGAUAAUUCUGUGAAUUCUUCAAAUGGUGAAUCUACUUUCACAGAACAGGCUUUAAAGAAACAGUUCUUCCAGAGAGCGAGAUUGGCUCUAGCAUUUGGUUUCUCCCAGGGUUGAGUCCUGCUUCAUACACGUUGGCUGCAAUCAUGUGGCUGCCAGUAGAGCACAGGACAGGACUAGGCUGCUCAUCCCUAAGUCAGAACUCAUGUUUACUUUUUUUUUGUCCAAUUUUUAUUUACUUUUUCAAUUCAAUUAACUUCAUUCGUUCAAAUAUAAAAGUAUUUGUUAAGCCUGUCUCUGUGUGUCAAGUCCUGUCCUAGAAGGUGGAAAAAAGCGAUAAAAGAAACUGUCCUGCCUCCAGGCAUUCACAGUCAAAAAGAAACACCUCUACUCAGGACAGACAUCAUUCAUUUCUUCCUUCCUUCACUCACUCACUCACUCACUCACUCACUCACUCAACAGAACAGAUUGUUGAAUGUGCCAUGUUCCUUGCACUGUCCUGGGCACUGUACAGUGAUGUGCCCUUGAAUAAAACAGUAAUGGUGCUCUGGGGGUCUGAGAGGAGGAAGAGGUACAGCCGGCACAGGCUGUGAGAGCAGCGUGUCACUAGAAUUAGCUUUGAGCUUGUGGCAGGCAGAUUGGAGGGAGGGCAUUCUCCAUGAUCUCAACAACAUGAGCUGAGUUAGGAAGUAGAGCCGGACAUGUAAGAGGUGAGGAGGCAACAAUCCAUAGAGGGCUUUUACGUCAGCUGAGAAAUUUGGACAUGUCCACCUGUGAUGGGGGCCCUAGGAGGGUCUGAGCUGGGCCGUGGCCUCAGUGGAGAGGGAGGGGAGGCAGGGAGACAGGAAAGUCCAGGUGAAGAGACUGACAGAUGGCAAAGAGGGACAUUUCUGGAGUGGACUAGGAAGGCUACAGAA